UUAGGAUUUUGGCAUAAUCGCAAAAUUUGCGGCAUGCGGUGAAACGAGGCGUUGUUUUUUGAUUUGACGACCAUAUUAACUGUGUGCUCAGGGGACGUAUAACGAGAAUAUUUAAGAAGAUCGAAGUAAAUGUUCUUACUAAAAGCACAACAAGAGUACUCGUAUAACUUUUAAGGAAAAUUAGUGGCAAAGAAGAUGUGUGACGAUGUGAUAAUGCAUUCCGGCGCGUCUAACAAGUCGAAUAGUGAGACAGCUGCUAUGGCUAAUAAUUUGAAGCAUUCGUCGGAUAAUUCGGCCACACAUUCAGCUACUGCAGAAGAAAUGACCUCGAGGGACUAUUACUUCGAUUCAUAUGCUCAUUUCGGCAUCCACGAAGAGAUGCUUAAAGAUGAAGUCCGAACUAUAACAUACCGGAACGCUAUGUAUCACAAUAAACAUUUAUUCCGAGGCAAAGUCGUCCUUGAUGUCGGGUGUGGAACAGGUAUAUUAUCCAUGUUCGCAGCUAAAGCUGGAGCAGCGAAAGUCAUUGCGGUAGAUUGCUCAAAUAUCGUAGAAUAUGCUCGUCAAGUAGUCAUAGAUAAUAACCUUCAAGACGUCAUCAGUGUUGUAAAAGGCAAAAUCGAGGAAAUAGAGUUACCUCCAGGUAUAGAAAAGGUUGAUAUAAUCAUAUCAGAAUGGAUGGGAUAUUGCUUAUUCUACGAAUCGAUGCUUGACACAGUUCUGCAUGCACGUGACAAAUGGCUUAAACCAGAUGGUAUGAUGUUUCCAGACCGCGGUACUUUGUAUAUAACAGCAAUUGAAGACCGUCAGUAUAAAGAUGAAAAAAUUAAUUGGUGGGACGAUGUGUAUGGAUUCGAUAUGAGUUGUAUUCGAAAAGUUGCCGUAACAGAGCCGCUUGUCGACGUUGUGGAUCCUAAGCAAGUUGUUUCCACAUCUUAUUUAGUUAAAGAGGUCGAUUUGUAUACCGUAAAAAAAGAAGACUUGGAAUUUUCAUCACCGUUCAACCUUAUUAUCAAGCGAAACGAUUUCGUGCAAGCGCUGGUUACGUAUUUCAAUAUAGAGUUUACAAAAUGCCAUAAACGUCUGGGCUUUAGCACAUCCCCUGAGGCUACGUACACCCACUGGAAACAAACAGUAUUUUAUCUGGAUGAUUAUCUUACAGUAAAAAAAGGAGAAGAGAUUGUAGGCACGUUUAAAAUGAAACCAAAUGAGCGCAAUAAUCGUGAUUUAGACUUUGUAAUUGAUGUUCAUUUUAAAGGCGAGCUUUCAGAUGUUCAUGAGCAUAACACGUAUAGGAUGCGUUGAUAAAAAGUAUAAGUUCGAUGAUUUAAUUGAUGCCAACAAUUUUUUUAAGCAACUACUUUAAAGUCCAUACAUAUGAAGACACGAGUGUAAUGUAUAACAAUUGUAUUCAAAUAUUUAGGUUAGUACGUCGAAAGGAUUUAAAAUGGUUUUCGAUGUGACGAUCCGUGUGAUAAUGAAAAAUCACUACGGUUCGAUUAAUCAAAUUAAAUACUAAAAUAAUAUUUGGAUAUUGUUAUAUAUAAUCGGACAUAAAUAAAAAGUAAAAUUUGCAUGAAAA